AUGACCACUGCUUUCAUUGUCAUGGGUACUGGCCUGGGACAAUCCGACACGCUCAGUGUGGGUGCAGCUCAAGACGGGGUGUGCUGCUGGCUGGCUGAUGGCCAAAGGCCCUUUGAUCAUUUCUGCGCUGAUUUCUGGCCUGUGUCCGGUGUUUUAGGUGCCCACUGCAUGACGAACAGUAUGGCGCCUGAUCAAGCUGUGCGUCUCCAGCCGGGCCCUAUGCCUUCCGUUGUGGGUUCUGACCAGGUUGACCAUGUGCUUAUGUGUGUGGCAGGCGCCUCCGAUAUGUUGAGGGCAUUCUUGGACAAUGUCGCCCCACUCUGGAUACCAGAGGCCAGGAUUAGCGUGCUUUUCUCUCCUCGGUGUUCUGCCUGGCACAGGCCUUGCCAAAGCACAUGCACAGCGGCUGGUUGGCUCCUUACUCAGAACCACAUCUGCCGGGCCAGUCUGUCCGUUUGUCUGACCAACCUUAGGUGGGAAAGCUACCGACCUUGUGCACCGCUCCAGGAUUGCAACAUGGGAGCACCAACGCCGACUGGGCGGGACACCUGGAUUCCUGUCAGUCCAGACUUUGCCUACCAUAUCCCGUCGUACCAUCAGGCCAAUUGGCUGGACCUGCACCGCGAGCCAAUGGAGCAGCUAGCCUUGCUUCCAGCUUGGGCUGUGUCAACCCGUAGGCAAGCAUGGAGGCAACAAAAUGCCGAUCUUUACCGGGUGUCUGGACUCGCUGGACUAGGCUGGCUGUUGCACUGUCUAGCGGGUGUCCUUCUCUUCUGA